AAAUCCCCCAUUUUAUAGAUGAGAAAAUGGUUGUCAAGAAGUCAAAGAAGCACUGAAAGUCUCCAGUCAUUCAGCAUUAUUCAGCACUUUGGCUGUCUUUCCACAGGAAUCUGGUCGGCAGCCCUGAAUGGAGACCUAGGCCGAGUGAAAUAUUUCAUCCAGAAGGCAGCAGACCCUAGCCAGCCCGACUCGGCUGGCUACACGGCUCUGCACUAUGCCAGCCGCAACGGGCACUAUGCCGUGUGCCAGCUCCUGCUGGAAAGCGGGGCUAAGUGUGAUGCCCAAACGCACGGGGGCGCCACCGCUCUGCACCGGGCCAGCUACUGUGGGCACACCGAAAUCGCACGGCUCCUGCUGUCUCACGGGUCCAAUCCUAGGUUGGUGGACGACGAUGGCAUGACCAGUCUGCACAAGGCUGCUGAGAAGGGUCAUGUGGACAUUUGCUCCCUGCUGUUGGAACACAGCCCAGCCCUGAAGGCUGUCCGGGAUCGGAAGGCACGACUCGCAUGUGACCUGCUGCCCUGCGACAGUGACCUGUGGGACCUGCUGGCCUCCUGAGCCACCACCUUUCUGUCUCAGGCUGCCGUGCAAGAGGACCCAGACUAGCCCUCCUAGCCCCUGCCUUGGCCAGCAUCCGUGCUGCAGGGUGGGAACCUGAGGCCUGAAGAGCCCUAUUCUGGCCGCCCGGGGAGCAAGGGAGUAGAUGCGGGGCUGCAAGUGCUUAAGCCUGGACAGAUGAUCAUAUUCUAAAUUAGUUCACGUGGAAACAUCUCUCCGUUUGGAAAAAAUAAAGUUGUAUCCUUACUUCA